UUUUUGUGCAAAAACCGACAUAUCCAGUGCAUUUCGAAUUAUAAACAUAAAAGAAUCACAAUACAAACUAUUUGGCUUCAUGUGGGAGGGGAAAUACUAUUACGAUAAAAAUCUGCAAAUGGGUUGUAGUUCUAGUUGUCAAAUUUUUGAAAAUUUUAGCACAGCCAUUGAAUGGAUCGCAAAAAAUAAAGUACUUAUUCCAAACAUAGUGCAUAUUUUAGAUGAUUUUAUGAUAGUAGACAAAACCGAAGAUGGGUGUAAGAAAAAAUUAGAACGUUUUCUUGCAAUUUGUAAAGAUAUGGGUAUACCAAUUUCUAAGGAAAAAACAUUCCAGCCAUCCCAGGUUAUGAGUUUUGUUGGUUACGAAAUAGACACUAGGUUGAUGGAAGUUAGACUUCCAAUUGAUAAGCUUGAUAAAUGUCACAAUCUUUUAACCGUAGUGUUACAAAAAGAAAAAAUUACAUUGAGGGAACUUCAAUCUAUCAUUGGUACACUCAACUUUGCUUGUGCAGUUGUCAUCCCAGGAAGGGCAUUUCUGAGAAGACUAAUAGACUUAACAAUUGGGGUCAAAAAAUCCUUUCAUAGAAUACAAAUGACAAAAUCAGUUAAGCAAGAUCUAAAUACAUGGCAAAAUUUUUUAAAGAAUUUUAAUGGGAAGUCAUUGAUUUUAUCAGACCGUUGGUUAACAUCUGAUCAGCUACAUUUGUUUACAGAUGCCUCUGGUACAUACGGUUAUGGUGCUUUGUUUGGUUCACAGUGGUUCUUAGGCAAAUGGGACACAAAAUGGCAAAAACAAAAUAUUGCCUUUUUAGAGCUAUAUCCCAUAGUCUUGGCAGUUGAAAUAUGGGGCCACCGAUUUGAAAACCAGUGCAUAUAUUUUCAUACAGACAAUAUAGCUUUAGUGUCUGUAAUUAAUAAACAAACAUCUAAAGAUGCGUUAAUUAUGUUCCUAAUAAGGAGACUAGUUCUACACUGCUUGAGAAACAAUGUGAAAUUUAAGGCAAAACACAUAUAUGGUUCAAAAAAUGUUUUGGCAGAUGCACUUUCUCGUCAACAGGUACAGAAAUUUCAUCGGUUAGCACCAUGGGCAGACACUGUUCCCAAACCAGUUCCCAAUCUACCAGAUUUGCCAAGCUACAGAAACCCUUAAAUAAAAUUUUUAACAACAUCUUAUCUGAAUCCUCACAAAAAAACUUAUAGAAGAGCAAUUAUCCACUAUAAGAGUUUUGCUGAAGAAUAUGGCAUUAGAUUUCAGUUACCACUUACUAGUUCAGAUCUCAUACUAUUUAUAGCACAUUUGAAAUACAAAGAUCUUGCAUCAAGUUCUAUCUCAACAUACAUUUCAGCAAUUGGUUUUACACACAAAAUUAAUAAUUGGCCUGAUCCAACUGAUUCAUUCAUUAUUGAUAAGGUACUGAAAUCAGUGCAUAAGGGAAGAAAUCAAGAUAUGAGACUUCCAAUUACUAGUACAAUUUUGAAUCAAUUAAUUGAUGCAUUAAAACAGACAAUAUCUAAUAGAUAUGAUCAAAUUCUAUUCAAAGCAAUGUUCACCCUAGCAUACCAUGCUCUUUUAAGAAUUGGUGAGAUGACAGUCAACAACAAAAAUUACAAUCAUGUUAUUAGUUUAAGUCAAACUGUUGUGUUACACGAAAAAUUAAGUAUCAGUUUCAUGGACUUCAAACAUUCAAAUGGAAAACAAUUCCAUUUAGAAAUAGCUAAGAAUAAAAAUAACAAUAUUUGUGCAGUAACGGCACUUACUAGUUACUUAACUUUGAGAACAAACACAACGGGUCCACUAUUCCUCAACUCCAGUGGAGAAGCUGUUUCUAGACAAUUAUUCCAACAUGCUCUGAAUGGUGCUUUGAACUUUUGUGGGCUCAGCAGAGCAUAUUACAAACCUCAUAGUUUCAGGAUAGGCUUUGCUACCGACGCAAGUGCAAAAGGAUUGUCCACAGAAACCAUAAGAAAUUUAGGUAGAUGGAAAUCCGAUGCAUUCAAAUUAUAUAUUAGACAAUCAGGUCAAAUUUCUAACCUUUAGUCAUGUUUAUCUGUCUCACAACUGAUCAUGUAAUGACGUAAUUUGUGAAUGAAUUACUGCCGUUUAUUAUUUUAUAUUUUGUACAGGGCUUGUGGGUCACAGCUCAUUACAUAUCACAAACAGAAUAACAGUUCAUAUUAUAUGGAAACGGUGGACAAUUGGGAAAGGUGAAUUAUGACGCUUAUUUAAGCUGAUACAAGGACAACCUAAAACCAGGAAUUCAUCCGUUUACCAUUGAAAUGACCAAAUUUUACUGAGAAGUAAUUGACAGAAAACAGCUUGCCAGGACUGGAAUCUUAAAAUCCCCCAUUUACAUGUAGUAAUAUUUAUCAGUAAACUUAUAACAAUAUUUAAGGAAAUACAGUUAUCUGAAAGGGAAAAUAGGUAUUAAUACAAUUAUUGAAUGCAUGUUUUUGCUGUAAGAAUUUAGUCAAUAGUAAACAAACUUGGUCUGUUAUUGCAUCAAGUAAAAAUAUUUGUUUGACACAAUGUCUGUAAAUUGUGUCUUUUUAGUAUAUUUUGGUUUGUAUCAAGUAGAUACAUGGUUAGGACACAAUGUCUGUAAAUUGUGUCUUUUUAGUAUAUUUUGGUUUGUAUCAAGUAGAUACAUUGAUAGGACACAAUGUCUGUAAAUUGUGUCUUUUUAGUAUAUUUUAGUUUGCAUCAAGUAGAUACAUUGAUAGGACACAAUGUCUGUAAAUUGUGUCUUCUUAGUAUAUUUUGGUUUGUAUCAAGUAGAUACAUUGAUAGGACACAAUGUCUGUAAAUUGUGUCUUUUUAGUAUAUUUUGUUUGUAUCAAGUAGAUACAUUGAUAGGACACAAUGUCUGUAAAUUGUGUCUUUUUAGUAUAUUUUAGUUUGUAUCAAGUAGAUACAUUGAUAGGACACAAUGUCUGUAAAUUGUGUCUUUUUAGUAUAUUUGGUUUGUAUCAAGUAGAUACAUGGUUAGGACACAAUGUCUGUAAAUUGUGUCUCUUUAGUUUAUGAUUGGUUGUAUAAAGUAGAUACGUAGGUAGGACACAAUGUCUGUAAAUUGUGUCUUUUAGGAUAAAGGACAUUCGUGGGACUCAAUGUCUGUAUAUUGUGUAUUUUUAGUAUAUACAUUUGUUGCAUAAUUUUUUACUUGUUUAUAAACAGUACAUAGAAUCGUAAGUUUUAUCAUUUGCAUAAGUAGGAUGAUGGGUGAUGCAGGUUUACUUUAGGGCAGCGUUUUCAGCUCCAUAAGAGCUUCAUACGUCAUGGCGGUAUCUGCUCCCAAAAGUUGAGAUGUUACACUAUUAUUAACAAAUUUAUAGUCAAGGGGAGAUAACUCUAAAUUGAUUGACUUUUCAAAAAUUUCAAUUUUAAUAAUUGAUGACAUUUGUCUUUUCACUUAUUACAUAAUAUGCUUAUUGGUUCAGAUUGUAAUGAAAGUAUUGUAUAUUUAAAUUCACAAUUGGUACUUAUAAUUGUAGUGUAUGCAAAUUUUAUACAUGUAUCUUUUGAUAUGAUUGAUUUUGAAAAAUAAACUGUCACAUCUGUGGCCUGCAUCAUCAUAACAUGUGUUAGUUUUUAUUUUGACUUUAGCGGACCAUAAAUACACUUAUGUGCAGCAUAAGUGACUUUAUGGUACAAUGAAAGAUUGUAACUUUUAAUUGUAUUAAGUCUUUUGAUAUCAUGUUUUGUAAAUGUUAGAAAUAUUAGAAAUAUGUAGAAAAUAGUUUUGUACAGUACAUAGGUGUUUAUCUGACUUGAAACUCUUAGGAAUUUUGUAAUUGAUAUGGGGGCGCUACUUCAAGCACAUGUUUUAAUAUGCAGCCUCUUUUUCAAAUAGCUGCCGAAGGAAGAACACGUACAGAAAUUUGGUGACACUCAAUUUCAUAAAAUAUUUUAAUCCCCUCCUCCUUCCCCUACUUCCACCUUGAAAAGAGUUUCUUUCAUUGUUAAAAGGUGACGAAACGAGGCGGUAUCUGCUCCCAAAAGUUGAGAUGUUACACUAUUAUUAACAAAUUUAUAGUCAAGGGGAGAUAACUCUAAAUUGAUUGACUUUUCAAAAAUUUCAAUUUUAAUAAUUGAUGACAUUUGUCUUUUCACUUAUUACAUAAUAUGCUUAUUGGUUCAGAUUGUAAUGAAAGUAUUGUAUAUUUAAAUUCACAAUUGGUACUUAUAAUUGUAGUGUAUGCAAAUUUUAUGCAUGUAUCUUUUGAUAUGAUUGAUUUUGAAACAUAAACUGUCACAUCUGUGGCCUGCAUCAUCAUAA